AGCUUCAUUCACGUUUAAGGACUGUGAGCAGCGGAGGAAUGGACGAGAAAGAAGAAGAUUUGGGUACAUUUGAUCCAAACAUACCAGAGGAGGGACCAUCAGCGCCACCUCCUGGCUGGCUGGAUGAUAUUCAUGGAUAUCAGGGCCUCAAAGGAGGAGAUGACGAUAACCCACUGUACCCACCGCCCCCUGCCUACAAUCCCCAACCUGAACAAAACAGAAGCACAUCAGUGCCCGAUGUCAGGGUUCCUUCGGUGUCAGAGGAUGUAGCCAGAGAUGCUCUGCUCAAAUUUGUGGAAUCCAAAUGGAAUUACAGCUCCAAACCUGCCAGGAACCUCACCUUCAAAGAUCUGCAGCCCAUCACAGUGUACAGGUAUCGACUGGAGACCUACACUGAGACCAGAGCCAGCGCCUGGCAGUUUGAGCCCUACAACGGUCAGACGGUGGACGGUCCUCAGUACGGUAUGAGCCCCGCGCCGUGGGACAUCCCGGUGUCGCUGCCUCAGAGAUACACCGACAAGGUGGAGAAGAUCCGAGUGCCGCACUCGUCAUUCGUGAAGGUGUGUCACAAGUGCAAAGGCUGCGGGAGAACUCGCUGCACCGCCUGCUUCGGCAGAGGCCAGAAGCGGUGCACGUUCUGCCACGGUCGCGGUCGUAUCAGGAACAAGCACUGCACUUCCUGUCAUGGCAGAGGUCGAAAGAGGUGUUUGAGCUGCCACAGCCACGGCUACAAGACCUGCUCCGUUUGUCUCGGCAGCCAAAACCUGCUGCAUUUCAUCCAGCUCACAGUGACGUGGAAGAACAACGUCAGUGAGUUCAUUCCCGACCGCCAGCCCGACUUUCCUGAUAAGAAGUUUGAGAAGGUGUCCGGAGAUGCUUUCUUCAUCGAUGAGAGUUUGCUGGUGUAUCCUAUCCAGGGUUUCCCGGAUCAGGAGAUCUGUGACGUUUCAACAAAACUGAUUAACGAACACCUCGAGCGCUUCACCUCCACCAGCCGCAUCCUGCAGCAGCGUCAGAGCAUCGAGCUGGUGCCCCUCACUCACGCCUAUUACACCUACAACGGGAAAGACUACAGCUUCUUCGUCUACGGGCUGGAGAACAAAGUGUUUACCUCCAAAUAUCCCUCUGCAUGUUCCAUCUUGUAGGCAGCACGGUAUCGAUAUUUAAUCCCACGACCCAUAUAACAGUUUUUGUUUAGUAUGUUUACUUAAGAAUCUCUCAGUUUUAUGAUAAAUGAUCAAAGCUCAGCUUAUUUUUGAUAGGAUUCGCCUCCAAAUCACAGGGAGCCAAACUUUUAAGAUAAGUGGCCCCAAAGCUGUCACAGGUGUUUCAGUUAAACGUCUUGAUGGAUUUUCACUAGAAAAUUUUCCAUAUAUCCGUACAUAAACUUUGUUAUGCAUGUUAGUUAUUUUAACCAUGAAUCAGUAUGAAUUAUACCUCUUUCUCUAAUCUGUUAUAAUCCACCCACUGUGUGUGUGUGUCUUAACAUCUACUUCCUGUUUACCAUCAGGUUAUUUCCUGUUGCUGCUGGUGCUUUCUUCAGUGCUAAAUGCUUUUGUUCAGUAUAUCAUCAGGUCAGAUCACUAAAGUUAACGUGCACAACCUGGAGUUUAGUUGUUUAUUAUGUUUAGUUGUAACGUUUAGUCUUCAGACGUCUUCACUCGUCUCCACAGCAGACGUCCUGCAGUCACACUCAGGGUUUAUUCUCUUAUUUUCUGGUAUCUGCACGAACCUCAUUUUACUGCCUUUAAACACCUGAAGUUGCUGCUUUUGGUUGAAAUCUCAGAUACAGUCAGACUCGUUUCCACUCUGCUACUCUCGUUUGACUCGUUCCCUUUGUUUCCUUUUAACUUUAAACACAAGUGCACUUACAGCGUCAGCUUCAAGAGGAGGACUCGAGAUUGUUCUUGGUAAUUCUCAUUGAGUGAUGUUUUAAAGAAAAGUGAUUAAGUGAGAAAAUAACUGGCAGAAUAAUCGAUACUGAAAACCAUUGUUAGAAGGAGCACCGCCCAUAACAUCACAGAACAUGAAUGACCAAAGAUUUUGAACCUUUCUGAAUGUUUUCAUGAUAUUUGUGCUCAUUUUGGUGUCUCGCUCGCUUUCUCAGUCUCUCUGUGAUGUUUUGGUUUCUCUGAUGUCGUUUAAAUUGUUUUUUUUACAUAUUUUUGUCUCUUUGUGAUUUCAGUCUGUUUUUUGUGUGUGGUCAUCUUUAGUUUAUGUUUUUGUCAUUAUCAGUACCCUUGUUGAAAUAUUUAGUCACUUUAUGGUAACGUUUAUUCAAUUUCUCAUCAUUUUCAUAUUUUUUUCUUUGGAUUUUUCCAUAUUUGUCAUCAUUUUUUUGUGUCUUUGUUGUAGUUUUUAGCUUCUUUGUUACUUUAAGUCUCUUUAUUGCUGUUUUGAGUGUUUUCAGUCUUUUAGCUGAGCUCGGUUCAGGUUCAGGGUCUUCCUGUCUCCUUUCCUCAGCCUGUUCAGUCAUCCAUCCAACGGUCCAGGUCUUGUUAGGCGAUUAAUUACAGGGAUGGAAUCGCUGUUAUAUAAUUUCAUGAAUGAUGGACUUCAAUAGUAAAGUGUAAAGUUUUGCUUGAUGGAUAAACAUCAUUGAAUUUAAUCUGGUUGAGGAUUUUUCUGGAGCUGUAAGGUGAUUCGGUGCAGGUACAGCCCAGCAGGUCGAGCAGGCGACCCGUGUGUCGUACGACUGUUGCCUUAAAGUUGUUGUUUUUUUUAAGUCUACAUGUAAAAGAAGAGAGGAAUCUUCUUCGGGGCAGGAAAUGAACUCCAGGCCAAAUUCCUGGAAGAUUAAGUGCAGCAGUUUACUGCCAGCGAUGAUAAAAUGCAGCUUCCUGUCUGAAGCAGUUUGAACCUGCGUUUCAUUUUCUAAUAAUGUCAUAAGUAGGGACUGUUUGCUUGGUGUGCGUGUACGUUUUCCCCUUACAGGUUCUGUAAAAUCUGUCCAGUGUUUGGACAUUUUUCCUGAAGUGACACAGAAAACAUGUCUCAUGCUGUAUUUAACAUUUGUACAUCACUACAGACUCUCAUGUGUACAGCUAAAAUAACAUUUUGAUAUAUUUUAUUGUUUUAAAAACUAUAAAUCACCUGCCAAUGUUUGCAGUAAAGUUA